GAUGUGAAUGACGACUUGAAACGAGAGCUGGCGUUCUACGACAUUGCACUUGCAGGUGUGAAGGAUUGUCAAGAAAUGUGCAAAAGCUCAGGGAUUCCUUAUGAAAGACCAAAAGACUUCUAUGCUGAGAUGGUAAAAACGGAUGACCACAUGCUCAAGGUGAAAAAACAGCUAAUUGAGCAAUCCGCAAAGGUCGAGGCGGCAGAAAUCCGCAGGAAGCAGAGAGAAGCCAAGAAGUACGGCAAGGCACUACAAGUUGAGCGAAAGAUUGAGAAGGACAAAAGAAAGAAGGAUGAGCUGGAAAGCAUUUCAAAAUGG